AUGGUCAAAGUAUUCUUAACUGGCGGCUCCGGCUUCAUUGCCGCCCACGUUCUCAACAUUCUCCUUGAGCAUGGAUUCGAGGUUGUAACCACCGUGCGAUCCGCGCAAAAAGGUGACAAGAUUCUCGAGGCAUACCCCAAUCUCUCAAAGGACAAGUUGUCCUACGUCAUUGUCGAGGACAUUGCUAAAGAAGGCGCUUUUGACGAGGUCCUCAAAUCUGGCCCAGCCUACGAUUAUGUCAUUCACACGGCCUCUCCCUUCCACUAUAACUUCACCGACCCUGUCAAGGAGAUCCUCAACCCAGCCAUCAACGGCACUAAGGGCAUUCUCAACGCUAUUAAGAAUUAUGUUCCAUCCGUGAAGCGAGUGGUGAUUACGUCUUCUUUUGCGGCCAUUACCAAUGCGCCCAACCACCCCAAGCUCUAUGACGAGUCCGUGUGGAAUCCAGUCACAUACGAGCAGGCAACCAAAGACGAUAAGUUUACCACAUACAGAGGUAGUAAGACAUUUGCUGAAAAAGCAGCAUGGGAAUUCGAGGAGAAGGAGAAGCCAAACUUUGACGUAGCAACAAUCAACCCUCCUUUCGUCUUUGGUCCGGUCAUUGGCUACCUCAACAGCCUAGAGAGCCUCAACACUUCCAAUCAGAUCAUUACAGAUUUUGCCUUGGGCAAGAAGAAGGACGACACUUCACCAAAAGAGCAGGUGCUAUGGGUCGACGUCCGCGAUGUGGCUCUUGCUCACGUCAAGGCUAUCGAGGUCGCAGAAGCUGGCGGCAAGCGAUUCUUCACAACUGAAGGUUUCCUUAGCAACAAGGACCUUGUGGAUGCUAUUCGCGAGACACAGCCAAAGUAUGCGGCCAACUUGCCAGAUUAUGGCGAGGUUGGAGAGUUCCCUCACCCGUAUGAGAUUAACAACUCGAGGAUUCGCAAUGUUCUGGGCAUCGAAUUCAAGUCGAUCAAGGAGUCGGUUGGUGACACUCUUGCUUCGCUCGCGAAAGUUGGCUUGUAA